UUCGGUUUUCCACAUAGUAGAUCUGGAGUGAGUCGCGGCGGCGGCUUGCAAGUAGUAGUAUUAAAAAAGUUGAUGGGAUAAUUGGCGUUGGUUGAGUUUGGUUCAAAUUGAGAAAAUCAUUACUCCAUUAACCAUUCAUUCACCAAUCCUCCAUGGCUUCCUCUUCUCUGUUUCAGUCUCUCCCUUUCUCUCUCCAAACCUCUAAACCCUACGCGCCUCCCAAACCCGCCGCCCACUUCGUUGUCCGCGCCCAAUCCCCCCUCACUCAGAACAACAACUCCUCCUCCAAGCAUCGCCGCCCCGCCGACGAGAACAUCCGCGACGAGGCCCGCCGCAUCAAUGCGCCCCACGACCACCACCUCUUCUCGGCCAAGUACGUCCCCUUCAACGCCGACUCCUCCUCCUCCUCCUCCACGGAGUCCUACUCGCUCGACGAGAUCGUCUACCGCUCCCAAUCCGGCGGCCUCCUGGACGUCCAGCACGACAUGGAUGCCCUCAAGCGUUUCGACGGCGAGUACUGGCGCAACCUCUUCGACUCGCGCGUGGGCAAAACCACCUGGCCUUACGGCUCCGGCGUCUGGAGCAAAAAAGAAUGGGUCCUCCCCGAGAUCCACGACGACGAUAUCGUCUCCGCCUUCGAGGGUAACUCCAACCUCUUCUGGGCCGAGCGUUUCGGCAAACAGUUCCUCGGCAUGAACGAUUUGUGGGUCAAACACUGCGGAAUCAGCCACACGGGCAGCUUCAAGGAUCUCGGCAUGACCGUCCUCGUCAGCCAGGUCAAUCGCUUGAGAAAAAUGAACCGCCCCGUCGUCGGUGUUGGUUGCGCCUCCACCGGUGACACAUCGGCCGCUUUAUCCGCCUAUUGCGCUUCCGCUGCCAUUCCUUCCAUUGUGUUUUUGCCUGCUAAUAAAAUCUCUCUUGCCCAACUUGUUCAGCCUAUUGCCAAUGGAGCCUUUGUGUUGAGUAUCGACACUGAUUUUGAUGGUUGCAUGCAGUUGAUCAGAGAGGUCACUGCUGAGUUGCCUAUUUAUUUGGCUAACUCUCUCAACAGUUUGAGGUUGGAAGGGCAGAAGACUGCUGCUAUUGAGAUUCUGCAGCAGUUUGAUUGGCAGGUUCCUGAUUGGGUCAUUGUGCCUGGAGGCAACCUUGGCAACAUUUAUGCCUUUUACAAAGGGUUUAAGAUGUGUCAAGAGCUUGGGCUUGUGGAUAAGAUUCCAAGGCUUGUUUGUGCUCAGGCUGCCAAUGCUGAUCCUUUGUAUUUGUACUUUAAAUCCGGGUGGAAGGAGUUUAAGCCUGUGAAGUCGAGCACUACAUUUGCCUCUGCCAUUCAAAUUGGUGAUCCUGUUUCCAUUGACAGGGCGGUUCACGCGCUAAAGAGUUGCGAUGGGAUUGUGGAGGAGGCCACGGAGGAGGAGUUGAUGGAUGCUACAGCGCAGGCGGAUUCUACUGGGAUGUUUAUUUGCCCCCACACCGGGGUUGCUUUAACUGCAUUGUUUAAGCUCAGGAACAGCGGGGUUAUUAAGGCCACUGAUAGGACUGUGGUGGUUAGCACUGCUCAUGGCUUGAAGUUCACUCAGUCCAAGAUUGAUUACCAUUCUAAGGACAUCAAGGACAUGGCUUGCCGCUAUGCUAACCCGCCCAUGCAAGUGAAGGCAGACUUUGGCUCGGUUAUGGAUGUUUUGAAGACGUAUUUGCAGAGUAAGGCUCAUUAGGUUAGCAUUGCAAGUUUUGCUCCUCCUGAGUUUGCUCAUUAUUUACUUACUUUUAGGCACUACUGCUGUAUUGUCUUUUCUAUGAGCUAGGUUUGAGUGUUGUAAUAAUUUGCUUGCUGCAUUAUGUAUGCCGUCUAGUGUUCCAUAUUGGGGCAUCCUUAGUAUUUGUUGUAGAUUUUCUUUGCUGAGCAUUUGAUAUAAUAGCUCAAGUAGGAAAAUGAAUUGGGUACUAUGAGGAAUGCAUAUCAUUGGCUUGUUAUUACUGGAUUCCAGACCACCCCAAAAGAAAAUAAUUCCAAAAAAUAUAAUUAGAACAAAUUUCGUCCUUGUUAUGCUGUUGGCAUUAAGCUCAGUGUGGGUAUUACCAAGCAACUCGAAAUCAAGAGAAAAAAAAAUUGACAGCAAAGGAGCUGCAUUGUUGGACUGAGUCACAUCACUUCAUUGCUAUGUCGUCAUAUUUCGUUGAAUUACGGGAAGGCAGCAUGCACAGCAAUAUGCAGCGAUUAACUGAAGCCACACCGCACACAUUGAAGUAGUAGUCAAUUUAGACACUCCAUCUUGUACUUUCUACAAAAAUGAAUUUUUCUUAGCCAUUAAGUAUAAUAUUUUAUUCUAUGGAACUUGCGUAUAAACAGGCCAUCAACUGUAUCGGGUUAUAUACACGAAUGGAGUUGAAUGAAAUAUAGUGUGCUGAA